AUGGCGGAGCUGACGGCUCUGGAGAGUCUCAUCGAGAUGGGCUUCCCCAAGGGACGCGCGGAGAAGGCUCUGGCCCUCACAGGGAACCAGGGCAUCGAGGCUGCGAUGGACUGGUUGAUGGAGCACGAAGACGACCCCGAUGUGGAUGAGCCACUAGCCACCCCCCUUGGACAUGUGCUGGGACGGGAACCCACCCCUUCGGAGCAAGGUGGCCCCAAAGGACCUGGGUCUGCAGUGGGAGAAGGCAAACCUGUUUUGACUGAAGAGGAAAGACAGGAACAGACCAAGAGGAUGUUGGAGCUGGUGGCCCAGAAGCAGCGGGAGCGUGAAGAAAGAGAGGAGCGGGAGGCAUUGGAACGGGAACGGCAGCGCAGGAGACAAGGGCAGGAGUUGUCAGCUGCCCGACAGAGGCUACAGGAAGACGAGAUGCGCCGAGCUGCUGAAGAGCGGAAGAGGGAGAAGGCUGAAGAGUUAGCAGCCAGACAAAGAGUCCGAGAAAAGAUCGAAAGGGACAAAGCAGAGAGAGCCAAGAAGUAUGGUGGCAAUGUGGGUUCUCAGCCAUCCCCACCAGCAGCAGAGCCAGGCCCUGUUCCCUCCUCUCCCAGCCGGGAGCCUCCCACAAAGCGGGAGUAUGACCAGUGUCGCAUACAGGUCCGGCUGCCGGAUGGGACCUCACUGACCCAGACCUUCCGGGCGCGGGAACAGCUGGCAGCUGUGCGGCUCUACGUGGAGCUCCACCGUGGGGAGGAGCCAGGCGGGGGCCAGGACCCUGUGCAAUUGCUCAGUGGCUUCCCCCGGCGGGCCUUCUCAGAGGCUGACAUGGAGCGGCCUCUGCAGGAGCUGGGACUUGUGCCUUCUGCUGUCCUCAUUGUGGCCAAGAAAUGUCCUGGCUGA